UGCAGUUAUCAAAAAAAAAUAUAGAAAAAAAAUGUUUUUGAACAUGCUGUUUGUGCUGGCAAUUUGCAGUAGUCAUGCUUACGCCGCCAUGACAGACGAGGAGGUAAAAAUUCAAUUCACGAAGUUCAUAAUGAAGUGUCAGAAGGACCAUCCAGUCGAGAUGAACGAGUUGCUGGCUCUGCAGAGUAUGAAAGUUCCAACUAAUAAGGAGACUAAGUGCCUUCUGGCUUGCGCUUAUAGGGCUGAGGGUUCCAUGACUGAUAAAGGAACGUACGAUUUGGAACAUGGCUACAAAGUUGCUGAGGUGACGCAGAAAGGCGACGACAAAAGAAUUGCUAAUGCGAAAAAAUUGGCCGAUGCGUGUUCUAAGGUUAACGAGGAGUCAGUGAGCGACGGUGAAAAGGGGUGUGAAAGGGCUGCUUUGUUGUUCAAAUGUAUCGCUGAAAAUGCCCCAAAGUUGGGCUUCAAAGUUUAAAUAUUUAAACGCGAGAGGAACCGAAUGCAGUUUUGUAC